AUGCACCGGGUCACUUGGUCAUCUUUGCCCGAAGGGUACCGCGACGCUGUCAGACUGACUCGCAAGCUGGGAAUCCGCUACAUCUGGAUUGACUCGCUCUGUAUCAUUCAGGACGACAAGGACGAUUGGAGGGCAGAGGCAGCUCAUAUGGCAUCAGUCUUUCAAGGCGCCCACGUCACGAUUUCGGGAGCGAAAUCCUCGAACCCUCACCAGAGCUACUUCGCCCAUAGCGAUAGCAAGUACAAAGCAAAGAGAGUAGAGCAUCGGGAUGACAAGGGAAAGACAUGGCACGCAAACGUGCGACACACCGUUCCGCACUUCUUCUCAUCCGACGCAUCUGGUGAACCAAACUACAGCCCAGGUAACUUCCCUUUGCUGAACCGUGGCUGGGUAUUCCAGGAGCGUCUACUGUCUCCCCGAAUCCUACACCUUGGAGAUGUAGAGAUGGCUUGGGAGUGUAACGAGGUCUGCGCCUGCGAGUGUAUGGGAGAGACCACGAUAUACGACACCGAACCAAGAUGGGCGCAUACCAAGGGUGCUCACGUACGAAACUUGUCAUCUGCGACUGAGGCCAAGGAGCUGUACCCAGAUUGGCGCAGUACGGUGCAGAAUUACAAAAGAACGAGGCUCACUUAUCAGGAUGACAUCCUCCCAGCCAUUGCAGGCGUGGUAAAAAAUAUGCAGAGGUAUAGAAAAGACAGGUACCUGGCCGGAAUCUGGGAAGACAGCUUGCUUGACGAUCUCGCCUGGCAGGCUACCCAAAGUGUUCUCCCUCGACCGGACUCUUGGACAGCUCCGACGUGGUCAUGGGCAUCUGUGACAUCAAGAAUCCACUAUUCCAACCUACGUACGACAUUGGCAUCCAAGUUCAUGGAAGAGGCGAAUGCGAAAAUGCAAAGAACAGUGGUCAUCGAAGCUUCAACGGAGUCUGCGGGAGCAGAUCCAACAAUGGAGAUUAUCUCGGGCCACAUAACUUUAUCCGGGCCAAUGAUCACAGCACGCCUAGAGAAUGAUGAAGGGGAAAUCGACGCUCCUAUACCGACCUAUUUCGCUCUACACGGCAGCACGUUACUGGAAAUAGCCCCUGACUACAAUUUCUGGGCGCCUGGUAAAGAUUAUGUGCCGCUUGGCAGCACCAUUUAUCUUUUACACUUGUGCAGAGAGCCCGAACUUCGGAACAAGAACGGCAUAGGCACUAAGAAAAUGCCGACCAAAGUUUUUUCUCUCGUGCUUCGAAAGGUGGAUGACGAUGGAGACACUUCCACCGUCAGCGGUCACAGCAAGAAAGGAAACACCAAGGGCGAUCGUUCUUCAGUACAUUCAGACCACGGGACGUAUGAAAGAAUCGAGAUACUGAUACUGGCCUGCGAUGACGAUAGGACAGAGGAUUAUGUAGUCGAAAAUGGUAGAGAUAGCGUGGUGAAGUUGAUUUGA